CUGGUGGCUAACCGUCGUAGUAAUUUUUCCAAUUCAGAACCAAAAACUCCGACAUCUGCAACGCGAUAUUACACUGCCGUAGCCGAAUUCAAAUUGCAACCUCCACCGGCUUCAGCCGCGGCUCAAGUACCAGCACCUGCUGAACCAAAGCCUUAUAAGAGGCCAAGCGCAAGUAGUCUGGUCACAACACAGGCUACGAUCGAACCAAAGACGAGUCUACAAGAAGCGCCACAGCCUCGAGCAAAAGAAGCUCCUCGUCCGGUUGAAGAAUCACGGGAGCUGGACAAGGCUGCAGAAAGCGUCUACGAUGAACUGCCGAUGUCGCCCGGUCUAAACGCCCCUUACGCCACCACUGCCGCCGAUCCGUUCUAUGCUCACCAUUCAACUACUCCUGGCUCGUCGCUUCUGAACUAUGUACGCCCGCGAUAUCACGACGACAGCUAUCGACGUCGAGACGAACGAUCGUCGUCACCGGGUCGAUCCAACAAACGAGUCAAAUAG